AUGGUUGCAAUUGAGAAACCCAAAAAUUACAAUGUGGCGAUUGUUGGUGCAGGAUUCGCCGGCCUUCGAGCUGCAGAAUACUUUGAAAAAGUCGGUGUAAACUACACAAUUUUUGAAGCUUCUGACCGAGUUGGGGGACGCGUGUUCCCGUUUCAAUAUAACAAUGGAUAUCUUCAACAUGGCGCUGAAUAUAUCAAUGGAAAAGAAAAUGAAAUCUACAAAAUUGCUGAAAAAUUACAGAUUUUUGAUAAUGCACAACCAAGAACUCCAGAUUUAUACUUGUUCGAUGAUGGAACAAAAACAAUCAUCGAUCAAAAGCCUAUAAAUGACGCUUGGGAAGACGGAACCGACGACGAGGAUUCCGCAGUUUUAAAUCAUUUUGGGUUUCAUAGCAUUCUAGAAACUCUGAAAAAAUCGAUAUCAAUUAAAAAUGUUAAACUUCAUUCGAUGAUUACAAAUAUAAAUUAUUCAGGGGAUCAAGUCGUGCUGACCAUAAACUCGGAAGAGAAACUUGCUUUUGAUCAUAUCAUCGUCACAUGCUCUUUAGGCUUCUUGAAAAAAUAUGCUUCAGUCCUAUUCACACCGAAACUUGAUGAAUACAAAUUAGGAGCAAUAAAGGAUAUGGGAUUCGGAAGUAAUAUGAAAAUUUUCAUAGAAUAUGAGAAGCCAUGGUGGCCAGAAGACCUGACGACUCUGUUGAUUGCGAAUAGAAAUUCAAAAUUAAAAAUUUCUGAGGGAUUCACUGUGUUUCAACCAAACCCUUGGGCCAAAAAUAUUCUUGUUUUAUGGCUGGCUGGAGAAAGCCCUCGUCUAAUUUCAGAAAAAUCCGACAACGAAUUGAUGAAUGAAAUCACGAAUCAUUUGCGGAAGAACAUGCUUGAAACAUUCGUGCCGAAUCCUGUCUCCAUUUAUAGACAUUGCUGGAUUCGAGACGAGUUCAGUUGUGGAAGUUAUUCAUACUUGACGUCUGAAUCAGUAACAGACCAUGCAAAUAUUUUCGAAGAACUUGCAAGACCGAUUUACAAAGGAAUAUCGAGAAAACCAAUUGUGUGCUUCGCCGGUGAGCAUACCGACGAGAGUAUGUACCAAACCACAAUCGGGGCGCUAAAGAGCGGACUGCGGGAAGCGAGGGCAAUCGAAUCAUUUUAUAACGAUUGGCAGACAGCAUGA